AUGAGAUUGGCGAUUAUUUUCGCUGGCAUCCUCCAGGUGUGUGCUGCUAUACCAGCAGUCAACCGAAAGGCAUGCCAGUAUCCUACCCAGAAACCUCUUGACGGAUGUCCAAAAAACACGCUACUCGUCGGCCCAGGAAGCAACUUCUCAACCAUUCAAUCCGCCGUCCUAAGCCUCCCAAAUGACAAAACCCCCUAUAACAUCCUCAUCCUCCCCGGCAACUAUACCGAACAAGUCAACAUCACGCGCCCAGGCCCCGUCUACCUCCUCGGCCAAACCGCGCACCCAGAAACGCGCACCAAAAAUACCGUCAACAUUCUCUGGCACAACGCCACCGGCGCUGGUCUCUCCACCCUCGACAAUGCCUACACUUCUGUCCUAACCGUUGCCCCAACCUUCAACGCCAGCCUCACCGGCUCAGGCCCAACAGGCUUCCCCGUUCCGCCCAACACCCCCUUCGGCAACACCGACUUCCGCGCCUACAACCUAAACUUCACAAACGACUACCUCCCCUACUCCGCGGGCCCUUCGCUCGCAAUCUCCGUCAGCUACGCAAACACAGGGUUCUACUACUGCGCCUUCCACUCCUACCAAGACACCCUCUACAUCGGCAAACUCGGCAACGCCUACAUUUACGAUUCCGAAAUCGCCGGCCAAACCGACUUCCUGUACGGCUUCGGCACCGCAUGGAUCCAAUCCAGCCUGCUUACCCUGCGCGGCUGCGGCGGCGGCAUCACCGCGUGGAAAGGCACAAACACGACGUUUGAGAAUCGCUACGGCGUCUACAUCCACGACUCGGCGCUGCGCAAGGAAAACGCGACGCUGGCCAUUCAGGGACAGUGUGCGCUCGGUCGGCCCUGGAAUGCGCUGCAUCGCUCCAUCUUUGCGAAUUGCGACAUGGAUGAUUCGAUUUUGCCGGCCGGCUAUAUACGGUGGAGUGCGGCCGAUCCGAGGGUCGGGGUUAAUACGACAAUGGCCGAGUACAGGAGUUAUGGGCCUGGGUGGGAUGAGGCGGCGCGGAGGGCGAAUAAUAUUAGUAUUGUUAUGGGGGAGAGGCAGUAUAGGGACUACAAGAGGGUGGAGACCGUGUUUCAGUAUCCGUUUUCGGGCGAGUUUGGGAAUACGGCGUGGAUUGAUCGGGAUCCGGGGCAGUAA